GACUUGAGCAGCCUCGUUAUGGUGCCCAAAAUGGGGGUGCGGGGUUAGAGGUCUCACAGCGGCGGGGGGAGGGGUUUCACAGUGGCUGCUCCGGAGCCGAAGGAGCCGCCUUCGCCCUGAGGCCACGCGCUGGUCCGCGCAAAGCCUGGGUAGAUAUUUUAAGGAGGAGAGUGACACUCAGAGACUGGCUCAAAGGGUCCUCCAGCGAAACUUAAGUCAGCGUUCUUUCAGCAUCAGUAAAAUGGAUUUAGAAGACAACUAUGUUGAUGCUUUGGAUCCAGAGAAGUUAAUACAAUGUCCAUAUGAUCGCUAUCAUCAAAUCCGAGCCUGUCGGUUUCCCUAUCAUCUUAUAAAGUGCAGGAAGAACCACCCUGAUAUUGCACAGCAGCUAGCCACAUGCCCCUUCAAUGCCCGCCAUCAGGUUCCCAGAGCUGAGAUCAGACAUCAUAUAUCAAGCUGUGAUGACAAAAGCUGCAUUGAGCAAGACAUUGUGAGUCAGUCGAAUAACUGCCACAGAGAGAUGAACACUGUCAGCAUGUGGCAGCCGUCUCCAUGUGACGAAGACUGGGAUAAAGAGCUACAGGAGCAAUCAGAUUCUGUGUUCGUUUGGGGCACGUUCAAUAGUGGCAUAAACAACAGCCCUGGGUCCAGCAUAGUGAUGGAACCAAAGAAUAACCUAAUGCCAGGCAUGAGAGCACCCAGGUCCUUGCCAUAUAGCCUAUCCUGGAAAAGCAGACCAUUGAGGUUUCUUUCCCAGACAGAAUCUGUCACAGCUUUUGCAGGAGACACAGUUUUGUUAACGUGUGAAGUAGUUGGAGAGCCUAUGCCGAUGGUACACUGGCAAAAAAACCUGGAGGACCUGAUCCUGAGCCCCAGUGACACCCGAGUGGCUGUCUUGCCCUCUGGAGCUUUACAGAUUAGCAGAAUCCAAGCAGGAGACAGUGGGAUCUAUAGAUGCCUUGCAAAAAAUCCUGCUAGUUCCAGAACUGGAAAUGAAGCAGAAGUCAGAGUUUUGACAGAUCCAGGUUUGCACAGACAGCAAUUUUUCCUGCAGAGACCGUCAAAUGUGGUAGCCCUUGAGGGAAAAGAUGCCGUUCUUGAGUGUUGUGUUUCUGGGUUUCCCACACCCACCUUCACAUGGAUGCGAGGAGAUGAAAUUAUUCCUGUCGGAUCCAAAAAAUAUUCAUUACUGGCUGGCAGUAACUUACUUAUUUCUAAUGUGACUGAUGACGAUUCUGGGACGUACACUUGCAUUGUCAGCUACAAGAAUGAGAACAGUAGUGCCUCUGCAGAGCUCACAGUUAUGGAUCUUGAUUUUUCAGAACUCACUGUGUGGAAAGACUUUUCCUAUGAUGAUUGACUGCAAGUAUAGGGCGACAUACAGACUACAGAACUGGAGUUUUAAAUAAAUGGCUUUUUAUAGAAGAUGGUGAUAAUUAACCCUGGCCUGGAUUCAGCAAAGAGCUUAAGCAUUUGCUUAAGCCCUUGUCUUUGACUUCAGUAGGAGUGAAUUGAUUAAAUGUGGUGCAUGAGCUUAACAGUAGUUACACUAACAAUGAAAGGUUCAGGACUGUAGAUUUUGGAAUUGAGUAAGAUUAGUUCAACUUCCAGAGAAGCAAAGCAGUCCCUCUGUUUGGAAUUCCAUGUUGUCCGUCCGUCCUCUUCUGUCAUUAAAUAUUCUCAGCUAAUCUGUCUGCUAUAUGUUCCCCUUCCACGAAGCCCCUUUCAUACAUCUCCUUAAAAUUAAAAUUCACUGAUUGCUAUUAAAAACUCACUGUUGGCUUACAGUUACUACAUGUUUACCAAUGGAUAUCUCCUGUUCCAAUUAUAGGGGAAACUUUGGUAUCUCAGACACUACUGUGUGGUAACGUAUAAAUGGUUUUAAUUAUUUCAGCUUUAAAUAUUUGUGAGUUUUUCAGUUUGAUUUUACAGUGUUAUUUGAGACAACACAUUUCUACAGUCCCUAUAAAUAGUAUAGACUUCAUGUCAAUGAGUAUGUUCAGCUAUGAUCCACAAAUGUGUGUGUUUGUAUGUGGAGGGAG